AUGAAUAGUACAAAUCGUUUAUUGAUACCAUCUAUAACUUAUACAUAUUCCAUGAUGAUUGGUUUUAUAUGUAUUGGAAUAUGUUUUAUUUGUUCAUUAUGUAUAAUUAUAAGUCGAAUAAUUUAUGAACAUGAAAAACGUGAAAGAAAAAUAACAAAUCUUCACCGUUUUAUGAUUAAUUUACCUGAAAUAGAUUUUAAUGAAUUACAAGAAAAUAUUUUCAAAGAUAAAGAUUUACCAUUAAAUUAUGGACAAAUGAUGACUAUGCUUGGUAAAAGUAUAAAAGACAUGGAUGAAUUUAAAAAACAAUUACAAAUUUUACCAAUAACAAUAGCAGAAAAAUUAGGAAAUUUUACUAAAACAGAUAAAAUUGAACAUUUACAACGUGCACUUGUUGAAAAUCAAUUUCAUUUUUAA